AUGGGGAGGAAAGGGAGCUGGUUUUCUUCGAUUAAAAAGACGUUGAGUCCGAGCUCCAAAGAGAAGAAAACCCAGAAAUCGGAGAAGAAAGGGUUUGUGGACGAAAAUCCUUUAGUACCCGAUACCUCAAUUGUAGAAAAUGUUGGCGGUUCUUGUGGUUCUCAUCCAAUUUCUCAACCAGAAGAGGUGAAACCAGUUGAGGUGGAGGAUGAGCCUCCAAAAAGUGCAUAUUCGGUUGCCAUCGCCACUGGUGCCGCUGUUGCCUCAACAGCAGCGACAGCCAACACGACUCCCUAUUCUGGAGAAACAAUGGCGGAAGAAGCAGCCAUCAGAAUUCAAACCACUUUUCGUGGUUACUUGGCAAGAAGGGUGUUGUGGGAUUUACGAGGGCUUGUUAGAUUGAAAGCAGUGGUCGAAGGGCCUAGCGUCAAGCGGCAGACUGCCAACACGCUCAAAUGUACACAAAAUGCAUCUCAUGUACAGUCGCAGAUCAAUUCUCGGAGGAUCAGGAUGUCGGAGGAGAAUCAAGCUCUUCAGAGACAACUCCUACUGAAACGAGCUAAAGAAAUCGCAAACUUGCAGAACGGAGAUGAAUGGAACUAUAGCGUGCAGUCUAAAGAACAGAUGGAAGCGAAGCUUCUGAGCAAGUAUGAGGCUACCAUGAGAAGAGAAAGGGCGAUGGCUUAUUCGUUUUCUCAUCAGCAACCAUGGAAGAAGUCGGCAGGGCCGCCAAACUUGCUUUUCAUGGACCCGACCAAUCCUCAAUGGGGUUGGAGCUGGUCAGAGAGAUAUAUGGCGGCCCGGCCAUGGGAGCCACGGGCCGAGAAAGAUCCUGGAAAUGAUCAUGCAUCUGUUAAGACCGGUAUCACCAUUACUCGGAACGAAAUUGCAAAGUCGUAUGCUCGUCACCAACUCAAUUCCGUCCCUUCAACUCCUCGUUCCAAAGCGGGUGGUCCGUUGGCUUCACGAAAAAUCAACGCUGGUCCAAGCCCACAAGCAUUUGUUUCUGGGGUUGAGGCUAACCUGGAUGAUGAUGACUCACGGAGCGUUGUUAGUGUUCGGUCUGAGAGGAAUAGAAGGCAUAGCAUCACGGGGUCUACCGUGAAAAAUGAUGAAAGUUUGGCUGGUUCUCCGUCUGCCCGUAAACACAUGGUGGGUUCCACUAAGUCGGCAAAGGCGAAACAACUGGAAAAGGGUUUGUCAGAUAACGGUGGUGGGAGCACGGCAGCGGCUUCUGGUGGGCGUACAAAGAAACAACUCGACUUUCCGGGUUCAUUGGCGAGGCCGAGGCCGAGGCGGCAUUCGGGGCCACCCAAGGUUGAAACCAGCAUUUGUAAUGAAUUGGAGUGAUAUCUUGUUUAGCAGAGUGAUACAAGAAAAUUGUUUUGAGAUUGAAAAUCAUUCAAACGAUACUUUCAAA